AUGCCGAGCUCCUGCAAAGAGAUAAGAGACGCGUUGGCGCAAUGCCUCCAGGAAUCCGAAUGCGUCAUGGUCCAGCGACAUACGGCUGCUGAAUGUCUUCGCGAGCCCCUUGCCAGCGAGCUACCGACCAAGUGCAAACAACUGAAGAAGGGCUUCGGCGACUGCCGGCGGGGCAUGAUCGAUAUGCGCAAGCGAUUCAGGGGCAACCAGCCCAUCACCUUCAAGAGUCUGUCCACCACCGACUCGGGAGACGGCUACCAAUUGUACGCCGGCAAGUCUGCCUUCGGCGGCACUGUCAAGAAGACCGACGGAAACGAGCCCGAGCCGCAGGACUGGAGAGAAAUCGAGAACGAAAAGUACAGGCAGGAACAACAGGCAAAGGGCAAGUAA